AUGGAUGUUUCAGGAGUACACCACCAUUAUCAGCAACAGGAGAUGUCUUCGCAUAUGCUUGACAGCAUGUUGGUGUGCACAAAAGCACAACAAGAUAAGAAACCAAAGCCACCGGAGGACGCUCUGAAAUGCCCAAGAUGUGAUUCCGGCAACACCAAAUUCUGCUACUACAACAACUACAGCCUCACUCAGCCGCGAUACUUUUGCAAAUCCUGCCGGAGGUACUGGACCAAAGGCGGAACCCUAAGAAACGUUCCUGUUGGUGGUGGAUGUAGGAAGAACAAAAGAUCAUCAUCGUCAUCAUCAUCAGCCACCUCACCCAUUUCAUCAUCAGCUUCUGCGCUUUCAAAGAUCAGAAGGCCCCAAGAUCAUCAUCUCAACAUCCAACAACAUCAUCAACAUCCACUCAACAUCAUCACAUCAUCUAAUUCAAACAAUCAUUUGCUUUCUAGUGGUUUAGGCCAUUUACCUUAUGACUCAACCGAUCUCUCCCUUGCUUUUGCUAGACUCCAGGGUCAAGCAAAUACCCACCUGGGAUUUGACCAGUUUGACCAAAACGAUCCCACUUCAAACCACAACUUGGGUUUUCUUGAUGCGAUUAGGGGAGGGUUUCUUGAGAACAUGCACACCUCGAAUGGAUUUCAUAAUGUGUUGUAUAGUGGGGGUAAUCUUGGAAAUGGAGAGAUGGGUAGUGUGGGAAACUUGAUCAUGGGUUUAAACAAUGGUAAUAGAAGCCAUGAUCAAGAUCAAGAAAUCAUGAAUCCGAUGUUCCAUGAUCAUCAACAACACAUGAUGAACAAUGGUAGCACUUGUAGUGCAACAACCGCAGUUACAAUGACAACAGUGAAGCAAGAAGCAUGCAAUAUGAUGAAAUCAUCUGAGUUUGGAGAGAGUAGACCAGGAGGAGGAGGAGGAGGGGUAUUAUGGGGAUUUCCAUGGCAGAUAGGUGGUGGUGGUGGUGGUGGAGAUCAAGGGAACAUGGCUCAUGAUGUUGAAUCAGGGAGAUCACAAAUUGGAGGAUGGAAUGGGAUUAGUUCAACAGCUUGGCAUGGACUCAUAGAUAGCCCUCUUAUGUAG